AUGUCUGUUAUCCCAAAACACACUCACUCUUUAGAAGAACUAAACCCUGAGAAGGAGAGUUGGAAUAUCCUUGCAAGAGUUGUAAGGUUAUGGUUUGUUGAAGAUUACACAAAAGGAAAAACUCCAUUUUCCAUGGAAAUUGUUCUUCAAGACCAAGAGGGUGUACUAAUCCAUGCAUCUGUUAGACGCACAUUGAUAUACAAAUUCCAGUCUGAAAUCAAAGAGGACAAGGUUUACAACAUCCAAUCUUUCAGUGUUUCAUGUAAUGGUGGUUCUUAUAGAACCACAAAACAUGCCUAUAAGAUCAACUUCCAAUUUGGAACCAAGGUCAAUAUGGUGCAAAGUACCUUAGUUCCGAAAACUACAACUUCAUACACCCCUUUUUCAACCAUCAUAGCUGAUGGUUUUGACACAGAUUACUUAGUUAAUGUGAUUGGGAUGUUUACUGCUGUUGGAACAGAGAGGGAGCUAGAGAAAGCUGGUAAGAAAACCAAAAUGAAUGUCAUCCUUAUUGAAGCUGAUGGUUUGCAACUGGAGUGUACUUUAUUUGGUCAAUAUGUUGAUAUGUUAAAUGCAUUUCUGGCCUCUGGAGAGGAUCAACAUGUUGUCAUUGCUUUGCAUUAUUGCAAAGUGAAGACCUUCCAAGAUAAAGUUUCUAUUCAAAACUGUAUGAACUGUACCAAGAUUAUCUUUAACUGUGAUGGUGAAGAUGCAACCAAGUUGAAAAAAAUGAUGUGGGAUAAUACUGAAUCUCCUUCUCAAGCUCUUACCCAACUUUCUGCUUCUUCUAAAGUUAGCUUAGAAGAUGAUUUCAUUAAGCUGCAUCCUAGGAGUUCAAUUGAAGGUCUAAAAGAUUUUAAGCAGGAAAGUACUUUUGUAGUAAAAGCUACUAUCAAACAUGUGCUAGAUCAUGAUGAUUGGUGGUAUACAGCAUGUAUCUGCAACAAAGCAGUUUAUCCUGAUUCCAAAAUGUUUAAACUGAAACUUCGUGUAAUUGAUGCUACGGAUUCUACAACUUUUGUUGUAUUUCAUCGUGAUGCAAGUGCAAUGUUGAAGAAAUCAUGCUCUGACAUUCUUGAAUUGCAAGACAAGGUUAAGUUUUUAAUCUAA